ACCCAACACCCAGUCCUUCAGCUACAUCUGCUACUUAUAUUCCACAAACAUCCACAGCAACCCUAAUUGCUAAUAACAGUAGUAGUAAUAGUGCUCAGAGCACUAACUUGACAAACAGCAGUUACUAUACUAGUAGUGGUAACAGUGUUAAUAACAACAACAACAACAACAACAGUAAAGUAAAUAACAAAAAUACAACACUUGUAAAAUCACUUUCCUUGCAAUCGGUGUCCUCAAUUGGGGCGGGUUUGAAUCAUCUCUCCAACGGUCAAAUGCACUCAGAUAAUGACCUCAGCAUUAAAACCGAGUCACACCUCAGCGAUAAGGAAGACAAUUCAAAUAGCGAAGCCAACAGUACUUCGCUACUAACAUCGCCGGCAAUAUCGACCUCUAGUUCGCUAUCGCAGUCGCUUGUUAGCACUUCAUCUACCCAAUCGAUCCCUGUUCCGAUCACCAGCACAAUGCUAUCCUACUCCUCUGCUGCCCAUAUUAACAGUUACACUGCAGCUGUCGCUACCAUGCAGGCUCAAGCUCAAGCUGUUCAUGCUGCUCAGGCGGCCGCAGCAGCCCAGGCAAAUCAGGCUGCGGUUGCUUCGGCUCAAUACACUGCACACUACACCGAAGCAGCCAAUCUGGCCAAAGAGGUUGCACAAAAGAACUACGCCAAUGCACUCAAAAUGGCUGCCGUUUCUAGCGCUCUCACUGGUAAGCCGCUUACAGCUCUCAGCUAUACCGGCGUGGCAUUGAAUAAAACGGGAAUGCUACAACAAAACCCCUCGUAUCUCACUGCUGGUGCAACAGCAGUUGCUACUCCAUCCGCGGCACCAGCUUAUCCGCCACCUCGCAUCGGUACAUCUGCUACACAACAGCAGGCUAUGCUUCCAGCGCUAACUCGUCCGCCUCCGCCCAUUAUCUCGCAGGCUGCCUACGCACACAUGCUACGUCCACAAAUGCCGGCCAAUAUGGUUCAUAAUCCGUACGCAACAGCCGCCGCUGUCGCCCAACAACAGCUCAUGAACCAAAGCUUGAUGUAUCCGGCCUUCCAGGCAGCCGGGGGUUACCAAUUCGGAAGCCCUAUGCACACUGCUAUACCUACUGCUAACCUUACCGCGAUCCCCGGUACGAUUCCUCAAGUGCAGCAAAUGGCUACCAAUGCCACACCUGGCAGUGCAAUGGUUUUGAACCCCUACAAAAAGAUGAAAACAUCAUAAACUGCAAAACAAUAACAAUCCGCGCAACCAGCAGCAUGAAAACAAAAUUACCCCCACACACACAUACUCGCCCGCCCGCACGCAAAGACAUCAGUUGCCAUAUGAGAAAACACAUGCUCACUAGAAACACAUUUGAAUACACCCACACCCCCACAGAUGCAUCUAUCUCACCACUAAUCGUUGCCAUGUUUUUGCACAGAGGAGAAAGUAUAAAUACAAUAAGAUAAUGAUGAUAGUGCCUGAAAACAAAAACACACUCGAAGAAAAAAAAAAUAAGAAGAUAAAUCACCAAGAUAUAGUGAACGUGGAACAUAUUAACAGUGUAACACCAUUUUAUCUAAUGCAGAACAAAUAUAACAGUUAUUUUACAAAACAGUAUGCGAUCACUUGAAGGCUAGAUUUAGGAAAUGUUCUAUUUUUUUAUUACAUCGAUAGAUCUUGUCACCAUGAUUGUGCUGUUGAGGCACUAACUGGAAUAGCAUAGUAGUUUAUUAUUUCUUCUGCCAGCAGAUGGAUUAGUUAAUUUUAAGUGCAAUUCGUUUCGAAGAUGACGGUUCAGAAUGAACCCUAAAAUUUAUGAUAAUUUACGUUCGUUUAGUUCUAUUCGUUCGAAAUCUUGUUACGUUACGGGUAGUUUGGGUAGAGCCAAGGGGUAUGACACAUCGACGAAAAGGAUUUGGCUCGACUUUGUUUCGUCUUUCAACACAUCAAUGUAAACGGUAAAAGCGGAUAAUUAAUUUAACUGGGUAAUAAGUGUCAUUGCCCAUGGGAACGAAAGCUUUUCUUGUGUAUAAAUACAAGGAAAAAUCAAAAUAAAGAAACUGUGAUAGCUUCACAACAAUACAUGCUGCGCAAAAACAAGAACAACAAGUAAAAUGAGAAUAAUCGAUACAAUCGUACAACCACAACACGCAAACAACUAGCAUACGUUCUAUUUCUCGAUGGAACUCAAAAUGGCACAUAAUAAUAUUUGUUUAAUUUUUCGUUUGUUUUGUUUUGAUAUCGCAAACUUAGUGUGUUGUUUCGAAUGACUUGCUUUGGCAACGAGGAAAAAUGAAGGAAAUUUUAAAAAUUUAACCACUAAACAUAAACGUCAAACUUUGGACAAUGUAGUCAAGUUAACCGAAUAAGCAUUACCCGUAGGAAAAAAAAUAUAUGACGUUUUAAAACCCAACCUAGAAGUGCAUUUUUGUUUAGUUUUUGUUUAACACUUGAAUUACGUAGUAAACUAGGGAUCGAUCACAACUAUUAUUCCUUUCCGGCAAUCAACCCCAGAUCGGGACAGUGCUGCAGAGAAUUCAAAGUCAUAGAUAAUUAUUUGUAAAUAAUCGAUGAUCGACCGAUGAAAAUAUUGUUGUGAUAAGUUUUUUUCCAACCUUAAAAAUUAAUUAGUGUUCCUUUUUUCACUUUCUAUUUUGAUGCGUACUAUAGUAACUGUUUGUUAAAACACACGUUAGAAUUUAGGAUCAGUAAACCAAUAGCUGCUGAUAAUUGUAUGACUUAUAAACUUACUUAUUAUAAAAAAAUAAUCGAAAGGUUGUGUAUCCUGUAACAACAGUCAAACUUAAGCCGUGAAGAAAGUGAUGUCGAGUCAUUGAAGCUAUAAUUUGUGAAUACAUAAACACGUCUUAAAUCUUCUUCUAGAACGACAGUUCAGAACAAGUAAAGAUCUACACUACCAAUCGAAAAGAGUGUGCUUAAGGAGUAUUAACACUAUUACUACUGCUACUACUACUAUUACUAUAAUUACUAUUACUACUACUACUACUAGUACUACUGCUACAGAAAACUAAACAAUCGUUUGAUAAACUGUGAAUAUAAUUUAUUCAGCAUUAAACAUUUUAUUAAUGAAAUUCGAGCAACGCUAUUACUACUACUAUUACUACUGCUAGUACUGAUGUCAAACGAUUGUAAAAAUCUUACAGUGGGAAUUUGGAAAAAAAAGUAUGGCUAGCGAUACAAUACUUGUGUUGGUAAAAAAAAUGGAAUCCAGUAGUUAUCUACUCCACCAGUAAAAAACAAAAACAGUAACACACCCACGUUCACAUUUUCAUAUUAGGGUAUAUAUUUGUAAAUGUUUGAAUACAGAUAGCGUAAACCAGAAUUUUCACACGUACACAUUACACAUAACUACGCCUACUACGUUCUACAUAUUUAUUCCCAAGCAGAUUUGAUUUUUCGCGUGAUUUUGGAUAAAGUAACUAUAUCGUAGUUGAAGUCUAGUACCCCAUUGCUAAAAAAAACAUAUAAUAUGUAGAGUUAUACUCACCUAGAACGACAAAACCUAAAACAAUCAUUGAACGAGAUAAACAAAACCUUUUGCAUUGAUAAUAAACAAACAACAGAAAAGUAUGAUAACAGUAGUUUUACUCCUCUCUAAAUUAUAUAUCAUUACUGUUAGUGGCGAAACGAAACUGCAUGAGUAUAACAGGUAUCUGAAGUCUAAGAAACUAAGUCAAACUACGGAGUAGCAGUCCUCGUCAAAAAAAGUAUAACUUAGCUGUACAAAGAAAACAAAACCCACGAAUUAAAGUUGCAAAAUCGUUACUAGAUUUUAGAACGCUGCAAACGAGUUUAGUUUAUUUGUUUAAGUCCUCCUUCGUAAAUACUAUGAAACAGCAACGGUUGAAGUACUGAGAAAAGCAUUAUUUAGUUAUUUAGUUAUUCUGUUGCAUUUUUUUGUGUUUAGUUUAGUUUAGUUUCGUUGUGCUAAAGUUGCCCAUCCAACAUUAGUUCCCAAGACCCAGUUGCAUUGGUGCAAAGGUUUCAAAGGCAAUACAGACAAGUUUUUAAUUUUAGUUUAAUAAUUUGUUUCUGUUUGUGGUUGAUGAAUUUCGUAUUUAGCUAUAUACAAGUGUUUUCUUUUUAUACUUUGGCAAUAGUUGUUGAGCAAUUGAAAGUAAAUGAGUUUAGUUUGAUCUAUUUUCACUGAAAUUCUUAGUAAUGUGAUGUAAAACUUUCGUUGCGCCUUAUACGUUCGCCUGUUACACGAUUCCUAGAUUCCCUGUGUCUCCUAGAAAGCUUGUUCUCGUCUUCAUAAUUAUGCAUACGAUCACAUCCAAUGCUACCGCGAGCACUAACCGAGUUAAGAAAACUACAAUGCUCAUUUGAAUCGAUUCCUAAUUAUAUUUAUGAAAAUUGCUUUUUCCAUAAACUCGCCUUGUCGUCCUUGCUUUUUCCUCGUUUAUUUUAACCAGAGAAAAAAAACAUAGCAGCAAUGUUAGUGCUGAAGAACAAUUAUGGUGUUUGUUUU